UGAAGAUGACGAAUGAGACUUCGUCGAAACGUCGCCAAGACACUUCCAAUUUUACGUGGGAGAAGACCCGAAUAACCAAAGACCUACAUACAUACAUACAUACAUACAUACAUACAUACAUACAUAUAUAUAUAUAUUCUCUUAAUCUAAAUAUUUUAUUUACAUUUAACAUAAGCAGAUACCUAGUUUCCUUUAACAAUUUAUAUCUUCCCAUUUGUUUCCAUAUUUCUCCACCUAAUUCAGUGUUUCUCAACCUUGAAGAUGGGUGGACUUCAACUCCCAGAAUCCCCCAGCCAGCAGCGCUGCUGGCUGGAGAAUUCUGGGAGUUGAAGUCCACAAGUCUUAAAGCUGCCAAGUGUGAAGACCUCUGCUUUAUUCUUUCCCUUAGCUUCCCCUUUCACUUGCUUUUCCUGUGCUUUUCAGGUAAGCCAUUUUCAUGCCAGCGUCUUACCUGAACUGCUUCCCUCCAGGAACAUCUGUCUGAAGACUCAAAGGCGCUUUUCUUAUGGUUCAAAGGACAUCUGGGGAGGGGGACAUCAUGGUGAGUUUGUUGGUUAACCAAAACUGCAUGGAGAGCUUGCGGAAGGACAUCACGGAUCUCCAAGGGACAGUCAUCAGCGUGUUCUCCCACGCUGGAGCGGUGCGUUUCCCUUCCUGGAAAUUCCCAGAUAAAGUGUCUUGUGACUUGGACUUGGUGGCUUUGAUGGGACAAUAUGACUUUGUGGAGAAUGACCCGGAAUUUACCCAGCAUUCUCACGUGGUUCUUCUGGAACUGGUGAUCGACAGGUAA